UCACUUCAUCUCCUUCUUCUAUUUCUCUUUUCCCUCAUCUCUCUGCUGAAACUCUUUUCCACAAUUCUCAGCUACUUUGCUUUGUAAUACCUUUUCGUUUACUACUUCAACAACAUGGCUCAGCAGUCAGCAGCUUAUCCUCCACCAGGGCAGGCAUACCCUCCACCUCCUCAGUCCUACCCACCACCAGGGCAGGGAUAUCCACAGGGGCCUUUUGUAGCUCCUCCACCUGUUGGUUAUCCCACCAAUGAUGGUUGUCGACACCCACAGCGAUCUUAUCCUGUAGAAACCAAGAGCAGAGGUGAUGGGUUCUGGAAGGGAUGUUGUGCUGCCAUAUGUUGUUGCUGUGCCUUGGAUAUGUGCGCUUAAGGACUGAUCAUGUAGAGAGAAUAUUUGGGCUUUCACUGUUAUUCCUUCAUCUCUAUACUGAUCUUUAGGGGUUGUUCUUGAGUGAGGAUCUGAGUCAGUCAUUUAUUUGUAUUCCUCUCUUUGAGACUUUUUAUUCUUUGAUACUCUGAUGUUAAAUGAAUGAUUGGGUUUCCUU